AUGAGCCAGACCGCCCAGUUGCCGGCCACGGACAACACGAGCCUCACGUGCGCCGCGCGCAUCCUCGCGCACGAAUGCGCCGACGCCAAUCUGGCGUUCAUGCGCUGCAAACAGCGCGACGCGGACCCGCGCGCGUGUCUCGUGCAGGGGGAAAAGGUCACGGCGGCGGUGCUCAAGACCCUUCGUGAGGUGGAGACCCAUUGUGGAGAGACGUUUGCCGCUUACAAGAAGGCGCUGAAGCAGAGCUGGCACCGGAUCGACGAGACGCGCAAGGAACAGGCUGCGCUGGAGCACUGCUGGAGACAGCACAAGGGCUACCACAAGGCGCAGGCCGAGCAGUAA